CAAGAAGUACUGGUGUGAGAGAACUCAAGAGUCUCUGAGUAGUGAGUUUAUAAGCAACAACACAAACACACACUCUCAAAACACAAUGGCUCGAAAGCAGCGAUCGCCUCCUGCGACUAUUUCGCAGCCCUCCCAAAACGACGCCGUUGAAGAGCAUGCAGCGUCGUCUGAGUCGGAGAGAUCUCCUGUCAAACGCACAGCGACUCCGGAUCCGAAGCAGAAAUCCGGGUCAAAACCCGACCCGAAACGAAGCAGGAAGAGGGGUUCUGAAAAGGAGGAAAAGGUCGGUGUGAGCAAGAAGGCUAGGGUUGAGAAGAAUUCGAGUGUGAAGCGGGUUUGGAGCGAUGAAGAUGCAAUUGCUAUCGUGCAAGGACUAAUUGAUUAUGAGUUGGAGUAUGAUGAGGACCCGCGUUCUGAUUACGAGGCGUUUUUUGAGUAUGUGAAGGAUUCUCUCCAGGCCAAAGUGUCUCUUACUCAGUUGAAGGAGAAGAUUAAGACGCUGAAGAGGAAGUAUAAGUCUCUCAAAGAUUCUGAUGCUGUGUUUGUCAAACCCAUUGAAGAGGAAUUGUUUCGGCUUUCUGAUAAGUUUUGGGGCGAAGGGGAUGACAAUCAGGGUAAUGCUGCUAGCAGGGAGAAGGAUGCGAGUAUCGAGAUCAAUGAGGAUGGAGUGAUUGAGAACGGCAGGAAGGAGAAGGACACGAGUAACGGGAUAAAUGAGGAGGAUGGAGUGAAUGAGGACGGUGGGAAGGAGAAUGGGACAAAUGAGGAGGAUGGAGGGAAUGAGGACGAUGAGGAUGGGAAGGAGAAUGAGGGUGAGGAUUUGGAUUUUAAGGAAUUGUAUCCGAAUUUGAGUCGGGCAUGGGAGUCGGAUGCUGGUUUUCCGCAGGCAUUGAAAGAUCUGAGCAUGAAAAAUUUGAAGUUGCAUGCAGGUGAAAAGAUGAGGGCUUUGGAAAAGGAAUGGAAGGAUGUGUUGGUUAAGGAGUUGCAGUUGUGUGCUAACAAGUUGGAGUUGAAGACUAAGCUUGCUAAAGUGUUGUUGGAUCAGAUGCUAAGUUCAGACCCUUGAAGACUUGUGGAAAGCAUUCGAAGGUCUUAAUAUAGUAGUAUCGCAUAUAUUAGCUAUCUUUUGCUUUCGAAGUAGUACCAACUAUGUUAAAUAUGUUAAUGGUUUUACUGUCUACCAUUUUAUGGGGUAUUUUUGUGACAUUUGAAUUAUUUCGGCAAAUCUAAAUCCCUGGUCAGAACAGUUAAUGCUGUGGUUACUAUAACUAUUAUUGGUUUCUUGCCAUAAUUCUAUUAUAAUUAUUGUC